ACAAACAAUCCAGCGCAUUAUUAUUCAAAUAGACUACCUAACUAGAUAUUAGAUCAUCUCUCUAUGCCUAGUUAUCCUUUCCCUCUUUAGUCCUACUCUCCUUUUGCUUCUAUCUUUUGCUUUUCUGCCUAUCUCUACAAUCAAUCAUCGUCCAGACGUCAUCAUAUAUAGAGAGUGAUCAGAGGGAAAGAAACUUCAAUCUCAGUCAAGAUGUCUCUUAACCGUGUCAUUAUUGAUACAGACCCUGGUAAGAUCUUUAAUCACCUUUUUAUUUCAGGAUAUAAAGUUAAUAAAAACCCAAAAGGUGUCGAUGAUAUUCUAGCCAUUAUGUUAGCCUUGGCUGCAAAGCCAGAGGAGCUUGAUAUAAUGAUGAUUUCCAUAACCUAUGGAAAUGUAGAAGUUGAGAGGUAUUUUAAGAUUAUGAUGCCUAUUGUUCGAUUAUCUUGCUGAUUAAAUUUGAAGUUGUUUAAAGAAUUGUGCAGCUUUAUUCCAUGUUAUCGAACAGGAAUUGAAAUGGAGAAAAGAGCGUGGUCAACUUGAGGGCUUCGAGGCGAUGAAGAAGUCAAAACCUAUCGUCGCUGUUGGCGCAGAUCAUCCACUCGAAGAUGAGAUGCUUAUGGCAGAUUACUUUCGUAGGAAUUCCAGCACAUACAUUCCUCUGGAGUAUCAACUAAUAUGAGCAAUAGACGGUAUUGAUGGCCUUGGUGGUGUUCAUACUAGUGUAGGAUAAUUAUGCCCCUUCAUUUUACUUCCCGUCUUUCAACUGACAUAUACCCUCAUAGCAUCCACAUCUUUCCCCCGCAGAUACAUGGAAGACCCUCUUUCAACCUCCCGCCGCAAAUGCUACCGCUGAAGAAGUUGCUGAAGCCCACUUACUCGCUUCUCCAUCCCCAUCAUUCACAGCUUCACAAGCCCCUGCCCAUAAGGAAAUGCUUCGCUUACUUCGAGAAAACCCUAAAGAUACGAUUACAAUUGUUUGUGUUGGACCCUUGACCAAUAUUGCUUUGGCUGCCGCAGAAGACCCGGAAACAUUUUUGAAAGUUAAGGAGGUUGUGGUAAUGGGUGGUGCCAUCGAUGUGGAGGGCAAUAUCACACCUGUCGCUGAAUUCAACACUUACGCUGAUGCGGUCGCAACAGCCAGAGUAUUCGCUCUUACAUCUCCAAAUCCAAUCACCACCAUGCCUCCUGUACCUUUGAACAAGUCAAGUCUUCCACCAUAUCCUAAGAACCUUUCAAGGCAACUCAAUUUAACAUUAUUCCCUCUUGAUAUCACAACUCCACACCAGUUGUAUCAAUCAGACUUUCAAGCAAAACUAAGACCUCUAAUCAAAGCUGGAAGUCCUCUAGCGGAGUGGACAUCUGUAUUUGUUCACAAGACUUACGAGAAAAUGAACUCUCUUGGCAGAAAUGCAUCAAGCAAUCCUGGUCUUGAGUUGCAUGAUCCUCUUUGUAUCUGGUACAUGCUAUCACGUUCAUCUCCUGCUUGGAUGACUUUCCCAAGAGGGCCUGAAGACAUACGAGUUGAGACGUCAGGUCAAUGGACUAGAGGUAUGCAUGUCGUUGAUAGACGAAUGAGAAAGAAGGGAGGAGUUGAACAAGUCAAGAGCCCUGGAGCUGUGGAUAUUAGAGAUCCAAUGGAAAACACUACUGCCGUCCUUCAUGUUACCAACGAGAUUGAUAUCACAGCUGACGAGCCUGGAGAUAACGGUGGUUGGCUUAGUGUUCAUAAGGGUAAUAGAGUCAACAGAAUUGUUGGUACUCCUGGAGAAGCAGCUUUUGGACCCUAUCUUUUGGAAAGAGUUUUUGGAUAGACUUAAUGGAUUGGAUACCUACUGGUUUUGGAUUACAGCACAUAUCAUCACGUUGGAUUUAAGAUGAUUCAUUGUACCUAGAAGUUUAGUUUUGGAAAAUAGAGUUUGAGCUGUUUUAAAGACCA